UUCGCCACCCAAGCCAGCCUGCUGGACUUACAAAAAUAGAUUUAAAAAGUGCAAAAAUGGCACUUAAAGUGCAAAUAUUAAUUUUAUUUCUGAGCACAUAUUUCGUGUUGGGUCAUAAUGGGAUUGAAAGAAAGACUCCAGCAGUUGACUCAAAUCUGUAUGAGAGUGUAAUAGAUGCAGAAGAAUGUCGUCGCCAAAUAAGGACUAUAAGAAGAAACUCCAUGUUGAUGCUCCAAUUUGCUGACGCUGGUAUAAGAACACCAAGAGGUGUGUUAACUGGAAAUUCAGUUGAUAUGGGAAACUACCACCAAUGUUUGGGCAUUGACCAUCAACUGGAAGACAUGCAUAUUGAGGGCAAAUACUGCUCGAUUCUGGUUCCAGUCAAUCAGACGCUACACCUUCCUCGCCCACGAGACACUAUAAACUCACAAUUUGAUCCGUACUCUCUCCAAGUAGACAACGAUACUAUGAGGUUGAUAGAACAAUACUAUAAAACAAGAAGUGAAUUACAGCUCUUGAGUGGAAACUUUGAAGAAUUUGAAGAUGACACCAGGACGACUCCCCCAAACCCUCUUAUAUGGAUGACGUUCCGACUAGCUGUAUGCAUCCCAAAACCGUGCACGACUCAGCAAGCUAUAUCUUCAUUACUCUUCAAUGUCACAACCGUGGGAUUUCGUUACACAGAACAUUAUUGUCGUAUUUCUAAUGACAAACCGUGGUCCCCCGCAGAUACAGCUGCCGUAGUAAUAUUUUCCGUAAUAGGAUUUGUAGCUAUAAUAAGCACAAGCUACGACGUUUGCUAUCGUUUUAUACUGAAGAGAGAUGUCAAACAAAUGAGUACACUCGGACGAUCAUUUUCUUUUUACACAAAUGGACAACGACUGACAACAUUUAGUUCCAGUGGAGGGAACUUGCAAUGUAUAGACGGGAUCAGGACUCUCGCCAUGUUGUGGGUAAUUGUAGGGCACACGUUUAGUACGGAAACAUUCAUUGCAAACCCUGCUGAUUCGCAAAGUUGGAUGUUUUCUGCUGAAGCAUUAUGGAUAACUGCAGCCACAAUGACUGUAGACACAUUCUUCACGGUCGCAGGAGUACUUCUAGUCUACACUACAGCAGCAAAAAUGAAUCAAAUGACAUUCCUAAAGAAUCUCCACUGGUUCUACUUGGGCCGUUAUAUACGGGUGACGCCGUUGCUGGCUGCUCUUGUACUUGUUCAAGCUUCAUUCCUGAAUCAGUGGUACGAUGGACCUCACUGGAACACUGUCAUUGCACACACUGAGAGAUGCAGGGACCAUUGGUGGUCCACCCUGCUUCAUGUUCAAAACUUUGUUCAUGUACGAAAUAUGUGUAUCGCACAUUCCUGGUACAUGGCCAUAGACUUCCAGUUGUACGUCGUGUCACCUUUAGUCUUGAUCUGGGUGUUCAGUGGAAAGAAACUCCAAGCUUGGGUCGGAUUAAUCGGUGGCCUAGUAGCUGUGUUGAUAGGAUCCACCAUUUACAGUUUCAACAUAAAUCGACAAGCUGGAAAUCUUGUGCCAAGCCGUUUCCCAGAAACGAUGGACUAUUUAGCUGAAUAUUACUUCAACACUUUGGCAAGGGCUUCGCCUUUCUUCGUGGGAAUGGUAUUCGGUUACGUUCUUCACCUCUAUCGCAAGAGCAGAUUACAGAUACCAUGGUUCCUUGCCCUUUUCUUCUGGGCGUGCUUUGCUGGUAUACUUGGAGGUAUCUUCUAUUUCAAGUAUAGAAUCAAGCAGUUUGAUUGGGACAACCAACUAGUGGAUAACCUGAUGAACUCAUUCAUGAGACCUGUUUACGCUGUUGCCAUUUGUUGGCUGAUCAUUGCUUGCGUUCAUGGAUAUUCUGGUCCUAUAAAUUGGUUCCUGUCACUUGAUGAAUGGCGACUACCAGCUCGCCUGUCGUAUGCGAUGUACCUGUUUCACUAUCCUCUCAUGUUCACCUUGAACAAUACUGCAGUGUCUCCAUUCUACUUUUCAGUUGGAAAUUUCAUAUUUAAGUUCAUGUCAUACAUGGUACUAUCUGCGGCCAUAUCUUUCUUCUUCAUUCUACUGAUUGACUCUCCCAUAACAGUGCUCUUCAAGUUGUUGAUGGAUUCAGUAAACAAACCGCCUGUAAAAGUGAAAGAAGACAAAGCAGAGAAUGUUAAUAUUGAAAAGAAUGGUACCUCAAAUACAAUGAACAAAACAAAUGAAGACUUAGAAAGAUCUGGUCCUGAAGUGAUCACAGUUGAAAUCAAUGGUGACAGCAGUACUCGCAUUCGUAAAAACGUGCCAACAGAUUAAU